AUGACUAGUUGUCUAUCAUUAUCCGUUUUAUUUAUUUUUGCAUUUACUACAUUAGGACUAUUAGCUAUUGCAUUUUCAACGAAUUGGUGGACAAUUGUACUUGAACGAAAUCUUCCAAAACAUACAAAUAUAACAAAUCGUGAUGUUCGUUUAUAUCGAACAUUAUUGCGUAUUCCACAAUCACGUGGUCUAUUUUCUGAAUGUAUUUCCUAUCGUUCUGAAAAUGUCGUAAUCGAUAAUAAGUUUAGUUUUUUACCACAAGCAUCGAAAGAAAGUUUAGCAUCAGCUAAUAAAAAUUGUGCACCUGAUCAGUUUAUGUGUUUGAAUGGCUAUGCUAUCUCAAAUCCGCUAACACGUUGUAUUCACAAUCGACAACUAUGUAAUGGUAUCAUUGAUUGUAUAGACAAAAGUGAUGAAACAUCUGCAGAAUGUAACACAAGAUCACCACUUCGAUGUCAAGCUGGUUUUGAAAGAUGUCCCGAUCAAAGAGUGUGUUUUCGAGUCAAUGAUCAAACAUGUGAUGGUGUUUCAAAUUGUUUGGAUGAUUCAGAUGAACAAAAUUGUUCACCACAACGAUGUCAAAAUAAUAAACGGACAUUUUGUGAAAAAGAAGGAAAAUGUGCCAGAAGAGAAAAUUCAUACAGAUGUGACGGUAUUCCAGAUUGUGCUGAUAAUUCAGAUGAGGAAAAUUGUCCAGCAGAAAGUUGUCGACCCGAUACGAUGCCGUGUGAUGAUCGAUGUUAUAAUUCAAUUUAUCGAUGUGAUGGUACUGUACAAUGUUCAGAUUUUCGUGAUGAAAAAAAUUGUGCUGAUUUUGCAACAAAAAAUCAUUUAAAAGAUUAUACAAUUCGUGAUGAUAGAAAAUGUAUUGAAAAACGUUUUAAUUAUUUUGAAAAAUUUCCAAAAAUCGAAAAUAAUCUUGAUAAUAAAAAUUAUGAACAUCAACAACAACGUAAUAAUUAUUUAACAUUAAUAUAUUAUCUUCGUAUGGGUAUUUUUUUCGGUAUUAUUGGAGGAUUAUUAUUUACACUAUUGAGUAUAUUAUCAUUAUUUUUAUUGGCUUGUUGUCGAAAAACGUGUCGUGGUGUACCAUUUUUUCUUUAUGGCAUAUGGACAUUUUUAGCCUUUCUAGCUAUUAUUGGUUCAUUAGGCAUUUACGUUUAUUUAUGGUUAUGGGAAAAACAAACGGUUGUCGAUAACGAAAAAAAUUUACCACUUGAUGUUAUGAUACAUGAACAUAAUCCAAAUUUACGAAAUAUUGAAUUUUUCGGUCUCUCAUUUUGGUUGGCAUGUGGAGCAGCAUUAAGUGCAUUUUUAGCAUUAUUAUCCUCAUGUUGUGUCUGUUGUAGACUACAAUCAUCACGAGCAGAUGACAAAGAAUAUGAAAUCAUGCAAAUGCAAGCAUAUUAA